AUGGUCCGCUCUGAGGGUUCGACAGGUGACGCGGCUGUGCAAGCAUUUCUUCGGUCGGUCUGUCCUGCGAUGGAGAGUCUCGCACCUGUCUUUGUCCACCACGGUUUCCUUGGUGAUACUCAGCUGAGAAACCUGGCGAAGCUGCCAAAGGAUGAGCAAUUAGAAUUCUUUCGGUGCGAUUUAGGGCUCAAUGCGCUGCAAGCCAGGGUCAUCUGGUUUGCCUUGCAUAAUUUGAAAGACUCAGAUUGUUAA